AGGAGGGGAGGGGGGGCAGCAAACAGCCCAGGGGAAAGAUUCAGCCCAAAGCACAUUCCUGGCCGGGCGCCCGCAGCCCGAGGUGGGGUGUUGGCUCCGCUCCACCCAACCGACCCGGCAAGUCUGGAUCCGCCGUUAGCCGGGCGGAGCCUUCGCCCAACCAGGGCAGAGGGGCCGGGCCAGCCGGGCUGCCGAGGGCGGUGGCCGGGGCUGGGCGAGGCUCAGAGAGCGCCCCAGAGUCUGUUCCUCGCUGCGCUCCGCUUCUCUCCUCCGCUGCAGCCAUGUCGAAGUUCCCCACGUCCCCGACGGAAACGGAGCGCUGCAUCGAGUCCCUGCUGGCCGUCUUCCAGCGCUACGCCGGGCGCGAAGGCGACAACUGCACGCUCUCCAAGAAGGAGUUCCUCAGUUUCAUGAACGCCGAGCUGGCUUCCUUCACAAAGAACCAGAAGGACCCAGGAGUCCUGGACCGGAUGAUGAAGAAGCUCGACUUGAAUUGUGACGGGCAGCUGGACUUCCAGGAGUUCCUGAACCUAAUUGGGGGCAUCGCGCAGGCUUGCCACGUUGCACUGUGCGUGCAGGCUCCCCCCGGCCACCAUCCGACCAAGAAACUGUGACCCCACCCAACCCACACCUACAGCCCAGCAAACAUUCCCGAUGCACCCUGUGCAAGACCAACGGUCAGCUGCAGACCUGCCCCCAGCAUGUGUGUGUGUGUGUUGAGGGGCUCUCCUUGCUUUUGUAUCAGUAAAAGAAUGGUAUAAAAAUUC